CUAUGCUUGGCGGUCUUUUUAUCUCCCUCCCUGUCUCCGGUUCCCCCUCUGGCGCCUGGCAUUCCGAAGCUGUUGGCAGCUGCCGCUCUGGGCACCCUCCCAGCAGCUGGCGGGGGCCAAGGAAUCCGCACAGGCUGAAGGAACAGGUUCAGGCCUGUUGUGGCUGUGAGAUCCAGCCCUCCGCGCUCUUCUUCGACAUGCUGGUUUCUGUCUCGAAAACCUGCAAUGGGUCAUUCUGGGCUGAUCAUCUUUUGGAUCCUGGGCACGGUUGUUCUGAGCUAUGUCGGAACUCAGGAACUGGCGACGGAGGUACCGACGGGCGGGCAGCCCUCGGUGCUUUGCCCCGCCGAUGACAGCCCAGCGGCUCCACCAGAGGAACAGCUGCCAAUGCAGCCCAGAUUUAGCAACUGCAUGCUUCGAUGCACCUCCCACGCGUACGAAGCCUACACUGCGAUGCUGGCAUCCGGCGACUUCAAAAGGAUGACGACGUCGCUGAAAGUCAACGAAGGCGGGCAAGGGGCAGAGCACGAAUUCUGCUGGAUGCUUCAUCUCCGUUGCCAGAGAGGCGUCCGUCUCACCAAAGCGUUCGUCCUGCUGAACAUGGAGCAGUCUCUGGAUCAGAGCCAGCCUUUCCCUCUUCGCCUCCUCCUCACUGCUCCACCUUGGCCCCAUCCUCUCUUACAACCACGGUCCAAGAGACGGGACAGCCGGUUGCUGAACGGGGAAGCCUGCGGUGUCCGUUUCGAUGUGACGGAGCCCUUCCGCAACGCCGAAGGAGGCCGGGACGCCAAAAUGUGCGUGAAAGUUGUGUGCCCAGAGGGAGACGCCUGCAAGGACCUGCAGUUGAGUCUGCGCUGCCCGCCCUUCCUGGCCACUCUGUGGCGCAGUCUGCCUCGUCCUGAUGGCUAAACGGGUGGAGGGUUUCUUCUGCAAGGUUACCAGGAGGAAAGGAAGGGCUCCACAAUUCCCCUUGUGCGCACACGUUCGAGUUCAGCUGCUGAAGCAAUCUUCGGACCGGUUUCUCUUCAGGAUUCAUUUAUAUUUGGCAAUGUUUACAUUGCUUCAAGCGGGACAUAGGAUACGUUGCAGGCCACAGCUGCGCACAUUCGAUCAUGCGUCGAACGCUAUUCCAGACGGCAAUGACGGGAAGAUAGUUUUAACUCUUGAGAGUGGACGACAGCAAAACUCCUUCCCUUUUCGCAUUAGUAUUCUAGUCAGAUUUAUUGCAAAUACUAUAAUACCGGUAGUCCUUGACUUACAACAGUUCAUUUCGUGACUGUUCAAAGUUACGACGACACUGGACAAAGGGACGUGUGAUCGUUUUUCACACUUGUGACCGUGGCAGCGUCUCCCUGAUCACACGACCAAAAUUGGGAAGCUUGACAACUGACUCGUAUUUGUGACGGUUGCAAUGUCCUGGGGGAGUCAAAGGAUCCUGUUUUUAUGACAUUCUGACAGGCAAAGGUCAAUGGGGAAGCUGGAUUCACUUAACAACCGUGUGACUAACCAAACAACUGCAGUGAUUCACUUAACAACUGUGUGACUAACUGAGCAACUGCAGUGAUUCACUUAACAACCGUGGCGAGAAAGUUCGUAAAAUGGGGCAAAACUCACUUAACCAAUGUUUUAACUUAGCAACAAGAAUGUUGGGCUCAAAUUAUGGUCAUAAGUCAAGGACUACCUGUAAUGAGAUGGGGCUGAUUUGGAGUCACCUGUUACAAAGUUUUGCAAACCUACCACCAACGUCAAGCGAUUACCUAGCCUGCUAAAAGAAGAGAUUUCAACUAGCAAAAACAAUACCAUGCUUCGAAGACUUGUUCUCUCUUUUUAUCUUUUACCUGAGAUUUUAUUAUUCCUGCUCUACUUCUGCCUGAUAGGAUCUUCCUCAUUUCUGCAGGAACUCACGAACUUAUCACAGGCUGGAAGUUCUCUCCGUUUGUGUUGUUGUAAUCUUGGCUGCUGGGGUUAAGCAUAAGAAAAAUAUAUUAGACGGCACAUCCCCGUUGUAGGACAGAUUUUGCUAGACUUUAAAAUGUCCUUGAAAGGAAUAGCAAUUCUCUGAAAAGAUGUGGAAAAAACUCUGAAAUCAGAUCUCUGUAUUUCCUCAUGAAAUGUAACCUUGAACUUUGCGGGAUGGUGACAGUGUCAUAACAAUAUUUAUCUGGGCUCUGUGGUCUCUUGUCCACUGUUAUUGUCUCUAUCCAUUCCUUCGUUUAUCUUGUCUGUUUUUUUGGGAGUCUGUAUUUUUGGCUGAAGACAUCCAUUGUAGAUUCAGUCAAACUCUUUAUCUAAAAUGUUGGGAGGAAAGGGAAUCAAAAAGAAAAUUAUGUGGUGUUGCCAUGUUGUUUGGGGGCUUCUGAAAUAAAAUAAGCCUCUGCUGAAA